AUGUCAAACAGGCGAUUACUACUACGAGGGAUAACAAGAUCUCAUCGUAGUUUUGUCACAUCGCUUCGAAGAAGACAACAACAACAACAACAACAACAACUGCUGCAGCAACUACAACAACAACACCCACUACAGCAAUUUACUGAGGAACCAAGAGUAAAUCAAUUAGGUAUACAGUACUUAUCUAAUGAUCUUCAUAAAAAGGUUUUCCCCACCACAUCAACUAAGGAUUAUCUAUCACCACAACAUCCACAAUUAUUAGAAAUAUCUAAAAAACAUUUACAAGAAAAUGAAUUAUUAGGUAAAAAGACUCAAAUAACUGAACCAAUAACGAUAAAGAAUUUCCCCUCAUUAGUAGGUAAAUCAAUGGAUGAACAUUUUAAUAAGUUGGGACAAAAAUCUUCUGAUCCUUAUUUAGCUAUGGCCACAAAUUUUUUAAAAAAAGAGCUACCUUGCAAACCUCCCAAAUCACAAUGGAAAUUUCAAUCUGGUUGGACAAGAUACACUAAAGAUGGUAACCCUCCAGAGCAAGUUCCAUAUCCACUAGAAGAUACAUUGGUAUUUGAUGUUGAAGUAAUGUAUAAAAUUUCUAAUUAUCCGGUAAUGGCGACUUGUGCAUCUAACGAAGCAUGGUAUAGUUGGGUCUCUCCAGCGUUACUUGAUUGGGAAAAACAAAAAAAUAACAGCAUUACUACCGAUCAAAUAGAUUGGAACCAUUUGAUACCAAUGAAUUGUGCCAAAAAACCAAAAGUUAUUAUUGGAUAUAAUGUAAGUUAUGAUCGUGCAAGAAUUUUGGAAGAGUAUAAUAUUAAACAAACCAAAGCAUUUUAUCUCGAUGGGAUGUCGUUACAUGUGGCUACUAGCGGCAUUUGUUCAAGACAAAGACCCAAAUGGGCUAAAUACAACAAAGUUAAGAAAUUAUCCCAAGAAGAUGUUGAUGAGAUUGAAGGGACAAUGGAAGAGGAAGAGGAAGAAGAAGGGGAAAUGAGCCAGGAAUUAGGCCAAUUAUCCAGUGAAUCCAAUGAUGUAUCAGAUUAUGCUAAAUUAUUGAGUGAUGGAUUUCAAGUUGCAGUAGAACUUGAAGUUGCUGACGAUCCCUGGUUAUUGAUGGGAGCACCUAAUUCAUUAGCCAAUGUUGCCAGAUUUCAUUGUAAUAUUCAUUUGGAUAAAACCGAUAGAGAUUAUUUUGCUACUGAAGAUCCUAAUUUGGUUAUUGACAAUUUCCCAAAAUUAAUGGAUUAUUGUGCUAAAGAUGUUGAUGCAACUUUUGAAGUCACUAAAAAACUAUUCCCAGUGUUUAUACAAAGAAUACCACAUCCAGUAUCAUUUGCUGCAUUGAGACUUUUAGGAACUUUGAUUUUACCAACAACAACUAAAUGGCCUAAAUAUAUUGAGGCAGCAGAAUCCUUGUACGAAUCAAAUCGACAGGAAGUCGCUACCACUUUACAACAAUUAGCCAAUGAUUUAGUUGCCCAUAUCCAAAACAAGAAGCAAGUUAAACCUGAUUAUGAAAAUGAUCCUUGGUUGAGUCAAUUGAAUUGGAAAUUAAAAGAAACAAGACUUAAGAAAGAUGGAACACCAUAUAAAAAAACUGCUUAUAUGACGGGGUACCCUGAAUGGUAUCGUGAAUUAUUCAAAACAUCUAAAGGUGAAGAAAUGAAUUUGACUUUGAAAACAAGAAUCACUCCGUUAUUGCUUCGAUUAAAAUGGGAGGGACAUCCAUUAUUUUGGGUUGAUUCACAAGGAUGGUGUUUCAAAGUACCAUUUGAUGAUGAUAAUGAGAUUGCUCGAUUGACUGAGAAAAAAUAUGUUCAACCAAAACUAACUGAAGAAGAAUUAAUGGAAACUAGAGAUGCAUUAUUGACAAAGGGGAAAUCAUAUGUUUUAUUCAAAGUGCCACAUCCAAAUGGCCCAUCACUGAGAUGUACUCAUAUUUUAUCAAAACUAUACGUGAGAAAUUUUGAAGAUGGCACACUCACUUCAGAAUAUGAUUAUGCAACAAAGAUUUUAAAUUUAAAUAAUGAGGCAUCAUAUUGGUUAGGAAAUCGUAACCGAAUCAAAGAUCAAUUUGUUGUUUAUAACCAACAGGGGAAAAAUAAAUUUUUUGACACAAUAAAGAAAAGUAAAGAACAUUCAUCUAUGGGGAUAAUCAUUCCUAAUUUAGCCACUAUGGGGACAAUUACUCGACGUGCCACAGAAAACACUUGGCUUACCGCAUCCAAUGCCAAAAAGAAUCGAAUUGGAUCGGAAUUAAAAUCAUUGGUCGAAGCACCUAAAGGUUAUUGUUUUGUUGGUGCUGAUGUUGAUUCUGAAGAAUUAUGGAUUGCAUCAUUAGUUGGUGAUUCAAUGCUACAAAUUCAUGGAGGUACCGCUUUAGGGUGGAUGACAUUAGAAGGAGAAAAAUCUCAAAAAACUGAUUUACAUUCCAAAACGGCUAGUAUAUUGGGGAUUUCUCGUAAUGAUGCUAAAGUUUUCAAUUAUGGAAGAAUCUAUGGAGCUGGAGUCAAAUUUGCUACGAGAUUAUUAAAACAAUUCAAUGCUAAUAUAACUGAUGAAGAAGCAGAUAAAGUUGCUCGACAAUUAUAUGAUAGUACUAAAGGUCGUACUGCAGUAUCCAAAUAUUUACCACUGAGAAUAUAUUAUGGAGGCACAGAAUCAAUCAUGUUUAAUGCAUUAGAAGCCAUUGCACAACAAGAAGAACCGAAAACUCCUGUGUUAGGUGCUAGUAUUACUGAUGCUUUGAAUGUUAAAAAUUUAAAUACCAACCAGUAUAUGACAUCACGAGUUAAUUGGACUAUUCAAAGUUCUGGAGUUGAUUAUUUGCAUUUAUUAAUUAUUUCUAUGGAAUAUUUAAUUGAGAAAUAUGGAAUUGAUGCAAGGUUGGCCAUUACAGUUCAUGAUGAAUUACGAUAUUUGGUUAAAGAAACCGAUAAAUACAAGGCAGCACUAUUAUUACAAAUUAGUAAUAUAUGGACUAGAGCCAUGUUUUGUGAACAAUUAGGUAUUAAAGAAGUACCACAAUCUUGUGCCUUUUUCAGUGAAGUUGAUAUUGAUCAUGUAUUGAGAAAAGAAGUUUCUAUGGAUUGUGUCACACCAUCUAAUCCUACACCAAUACCAUUGGGUGAAUCAUUGAAUAUUGGCCAAUUAUUACUGAAAUGUCAACAUGGAGAUAUAUUAGCUGAUAAGAAUACUAAACCAUUGACAUUAAGAACCACGAAAUAUAGUCCUCGACAACCGAUUAUUAAUCAAUUAGAUAAGAAUUUGACUAUUGCGGAGAAAAUUGCUAAAAUUGAACUACAAACAUCAAUUGAUAAAGAUGAAUGGAAAAAAAAUUUAUACAAUUUAGCCAAAGUUUCACGUAAUAAACAAAAUGGGAAAAAUAAUUCAACCGAGAAGCCUCAACGAGUAAUAAAAAGAAAACCUAUUGUUGAAUAUGAUUUACAAGAAGAUAAUAACAAGAAAAGAGAAAUAAAGUAUAAGAAAGAUCCACCAAAGUCAAAAAUUGCAACUACCACCACUACCACCACCACAAAAAAGGCCAGCUCUAACAAUUCGAAAACUAAAUCCAAUGUAAAAGUUGACGAGUCCAAAAGUGCAAUGACUAUUUUGGAUUUGAAAACUGAUCAACAACGCCCUACUUAUAACAAUCGAAAAAUAGUUUAUAUCGGAAACCCCCAAAGCAAAUUGA